CCAACAGUCUGCCCUGAAAAGAGAGUUCCAGCCUACAGAGUCUGACAAAAAGGUUUGCUGAAUGAAAUUCCAUUUCUGUGCCGUGCUUAGAUUCAAAUCAGAACUGGCAUCUCUGCCACUGCGUGAGCCGAGCAGACACGGGACCCAAACACACUUUGUGCUUCAGCUGGAGUCUGAAUCUGAGCCCGAUCUCUGCUCCUGGGAUCUAACCCGCUGGCUGAUAAGGGUGAGUUGCUACAGAGCUAUUGCCUGGGUGGCAUUCCUGCAGCCAGUUCCCAAACGGCGUGUGGCUGGGCUUCCCUCUGCCGUCCCGUGCGUGCUGGAGUAACGCUCUUGUCUGCGUCCAGAAGGCAGGACAGCACGCGUGAACGGUACUAGGAGAGAGGAGGCAUCAGAAUUUACUGUCUGCGAAGAUUUGGAAACGUGGGGAAAUGUCUAAUGAACUGGAUUUUAGAUCUGUGCGUCUGAUGAAGAAUGACACCAUGAACUUCCAGAAAUUCCCCUAUACCAAUGAAGAUGAAGCCUGGAAAACCUACCUAGAGAACCCCUUGACCGCGGCCACCAAAGCUAUGAUGAGGGUGAAUGGAGAUGAUGACAGCGUGGCUGCCCUCAGCCUCCUCUAUGACUACUACAUGGUCCCAAAGGAGAAGAGGAUUCUUCCAUCUGGUAUGAUGGGACGCAAUGAACUAGGAAAGAGGCACUGCCACGGAAUGGAGUACGACCCAGAGAUCGCAUCCUUUGAUGGCUCAGCCCAUCUCAUGAAGCUCUUGUCUGAAAACGUUUCCAUGACCCAAGAAUAUUGUGAGCCACAGAAGAAGAACGGCUUAAGUCUUGAAGGCGUCCCUACUCCUCACAAGCCAGCCAUGCUUCCACCAGGCACUAGCAAGCUGGACGCCACCCCAGACAACUUCAUGGUCCCUCCAGGGGAUGUAUACGACAACAGCUCGUUGAACUCCCUCUUCGAGACCAUCCCCGUAGCCCCACCACAGCAGAGGUGGCAGCCAGACAGCACUUUCAAAGAGGAUCCCCAGGAGUCGCUACUCUUCAGUGAUAUCCUCAAACCCCAGCCAGAGCCGCCUUGCCCCGAGAGUUACGCUGCAGACGGUGUCAAGAGUGACUUUGAAUACACUCUGGGGUCACCCAAAGCCAUUCACAUCAAGUCUGGGGACUCUCCCAUGGCCUACCUCAACAAAGGACAGUUCUACCCCAUCACGCUGCGGACAGCUGGAGACAGCAAAUGUUUACACUUGUCCUCAAAUAAAGUGAAGAGUGUUGUGAUGAUUGUUUUUGACAAUGAAAAGAUCCCGACGGAGCAGCUCAAGUUCUGGAAGCACUGGCAUUCCCGCCAGCCCACGGCCAAGCAGAGGGUCAUUGAUGUUGCUGACUGUAAAGAAAACUUCAACACGGUGCAGAACAUCGAGGAGUUAGCCUACAACGCUCUGUCCUUCGUGUGGAACGUCCACGAAGAAGCAAAGGUGUUUAUUGGAGUGAAUUGCCUGAGCACUGACUUCUCCUCCCAGAAAGGAGUGAAGGGUGUCCCCCUCAACCUCCAGAUAGACACUUACGACUACGGCAACGGAACCAGCCAGCUGGUGCACCGCGCCGUCUGCCAGAUCAAGAUAUUUUGUGAUAAGGGAGCAGAGAGGAAAAUGAGGGAUGAUGAAAGGAAACAGUUCAGGAGGAAAGGAAAAUGCCUGGACUCCAAUAACAAUGGUCUGAAAGGCUGUUUGCUCUCUGGCUUCAGAGGGAAUGAAAUCACGUUCCUGAGGCCAGAGACUGACCUCGAAACCCAGCCAGUCCUGUUUAUCCCCAACGUCCAUUUUUCAAACCUGCAGAGGUGUGGCACGGUGCUCCCUCCUGCUGUUCCCAACUCUGCAAACAGGCUGCCCUUAAAACGGAGCGGUGCUUCGUUCACAGACGAGUUUGACCCGAUACCUCCAAAGCAAACCAAGGAAGAAGAUCCUCAGAGAGUCCUGUUGUACGUGCGGAGGGAGUCAGAGGAAGUGUUUGAUGCUCUCAUGCUGAAGACACCGGAUCUCCAGGGCCUCAGGACAGCUAUUUCAGAAAAAUAUGGGCUUCCUGAAGAAAGCAUUUAUAAAGUCUACAAAAAAUGCAAAAGAGGGAUCCUGGUGAACAUGGACAACAACAUCAUCCAGCACUACAGCAACCACAUGGCCUUUCUCCUGGACAUGGUGGAAGCCGAGGACAAGUUCCAGAUCAUCCUCAAGGAGCUAUAAAGAGCCACAGGCAGCACUUACUGGGACUUCUCUCCAAGCCGGCAAGUUUGACCCAACAGAGCUCAGCCUAGUGCCUCAACUUGUUGCCUUUACUUGAAUAUUGCCUCUGGGGAGGACCUCGGCCUCGCGGGGCCGGGCCAGAGACUGCUUGGAAGAUCUGUUAUCGAUGUGAACAUGGAACUUCUCUCUGAGUUUAUUAUUAUUAUUAUUUUUAAUUUUAUUUUAUUCCCUUCUGGCGAUGGGCCUGACCUCCUGUUUCACAGCCGGGACCGUGCAGUUACACCAACACGGCUGUCGGAGCUGGGGCAGGGCAGGGGGCUGCCUCUGCUCUGUUUGCCUUGGCCCGUGACUGAUCCAGCCCUCGGCUUUGGCUUUCUCCCAAACCACCGGUCAUGCAGAACCUUCAAACCAUUUCCAGCAGGGCUGAGCCCAGCUCUGAGCUUCUCUCUGGCCACAGAGACUUUCACAGAUGCAUUUAAAACUCACUGUCGAACGGACACUGCCUGCUCCCACCCCCCAACCCUGCCGUAUCUCUGAGUGUAAAUACCACGAAGGCCUCCAUAGCCCUUGUUUAUACAUUUCUGAUGUAUUGUUCCUUUUAUAUUUUAUAUAUGUAUAAAUAUGCAUUGUUUUAUAUUUGACUCAGUACGGUGACACAGAGCAUUUCAAACACAGGCUGCUUCACAUUUCUCCGUGAACUCCUUUUGUAACUGUGUUGUUGGUUUUGUUGUUUUGGAUAUUCCGUAGUAAUAAAGGUUCAAAGAUGGGAAACGAACUGUUUUCACCCAGCUCCGGAGGUUGGAGUUGGGAAGGGCCGGGCAGGCGCCAGGGCAGGGAGGUGACCGGGAGGGCUCCAGGCUGGGUUUGCACCACAGACCCUUCCGCAGCACGAGGCCUUCGUGGGUCC